UCCAGUUUAAUGAUGGCGAUGGGACAUUUGAAAUCAGGACGCGUCACCUGUGGGAAAGUCUUCAGUUACUUCAUCGACCCUCGGUAGUGCGCUCACGCGAAGUCAACUAACUUGUGACAACGUUUGAAAUGUCACCGGACGGGACGCUUCACAGCUGAGAUCCACAUGAACACAGGAUUUAACCAAGAGGAAAAACUUACGUUGCCAUGUCUCUCCUGUGCGUGAGAGUUAAGAAAGCCAAACUCCACGGAUCAGUAGAUAAAUUCAACGCCUAUGUGACACUGAAAGUGCAGAAUGUGAAGAGUACGACCAUCACCGUGCGGGGAGACCAGCCAUGCUGGGAACAGGACUUCAUGUUUGAGAUCAGCCGACUGGACCUUGGUCUAAUCGUAGAGGUGUGGAACAAAGGUCUCAUUUGGGACACCAUGUUAGGAACAUCUUGGAUACCUCUCAAAAGUAUACGUCAUUCAGAGGAGGAGGGCCCUGGCGAGUGGAUAUGUCUGGACUCUGAGGUUCUGAUGAAAGCAGAUGAGAUAUAUGGCACCAAAAAUCCAACAGCACAUCGAGUCCUGCUGGACUCUCGCUUUGAGGUGCCCUUUGAAAUCCCAGAGGAUGAGGCUCGAUAUUGGGCUGGUAAACUGGAACGCAUCAAUUCUAUGGGCAUGCAUGAUGAGGAUGAAGUAGCAGGACGGCCGUUGCCAUGCGCUGCCUCUCAAUGCUCUUUGGAUGACUUGGACAGUGCAAUGGAUGAUAGGGACAGUGACUACCGAAGUGAGACGAGCAGUAGUUUACCUCCCCGCUACCACACCACAGCCCAGCCCAACUCCUCGCUUCACCAGUAUCCCAUGGGACCAGGCUUUCAGCAAAAUAUGGACUCAUGCGCUGACUCUCUACAUAGCUUUGAACUUGACUAUAGGGACCAGCAUGCAAGCAGUCCUGUGGACUCCAGUCGAUUCGGAUCUUCAGGGAACCUCAGCCAGGCUAGUUCUCAGCUCAGCGAGACGGGACAGGAAAGUGCUGUCGGUUCAGAAGUAGAGGAGUCCUACCAUUCCUUCCACAGUGCUGGCUGUCGGCCAUCAAGAAAUGGACAUCACCCUACCAACGGACAUACUUCCUGGGGAGAGGGUGAAGGAUUGAAGUCCGCCCACGAUAACGGAAAGGGAAUAAGCAGCACCAAAAAGGAAGUGGUUUUCCAGUUGGACAAAACGCCUGACAAAUCUCUCAAAAGAGCUGACGGGUCAGCGCUUCUGUUCUCUCCAUCCAGAGUGCGCUGGCUGAAAGCGAUCAACAAAGUGAGAGUUCAGCUUAAGGAGGGAAAAGAGAAUGGAGAUAAUUCCAGGCAUGCUUGGGUUAAAGAUGGAAAUGGGAGUGGAAUAUUCGGAAUCGACAGCAUGCCAGAUCUGCGAAAGAAGAAAGCCAUCCCUUUGGUUAGCGAUGUGUCGCUCGUUCAGGCCAGGAAGGCUGGCAUUGCAUCUGCCAUGGCCUCACGAUCCUCCAUAAAAGAUGAAGAACUGAAGAACCACGUGUAUAAGAAAACACUACAAGCUUUAAUCUACCCCAUUUCUUGUACAACACCACACAACUUUGAGGUGUGGACUGCCACUACGCCCACCUACUGUUACGAGUGCGAGGGGCUACUGUGGGGCAUCGCCAGGCAGGGCAUGCGCUGCACUGAAUGUGGGGUCAAGUGCCACGAGAAGUGCCAAGAGCUGCUAAAUGCAGACUGCCUUCAACGUGCGGCUGAGAAGAGCUCCAAACAUGGUGCUGAGGACCGCACUCAGAACAUCAUCAUGGCCAUGAAGGAUCGCAUGAAGAUUCGUGAGAGGAACAAGCCUGAGAUCUUUGAAGUCAUCCGAGAUGUGUUUGUGGUUAGCAAGGCCAUCCAUGCUCAGCACAUGAAAACCAUCAAACAGAGCGUGCUGGAUGGAACCUCAAAGUGGUCGGCCAAGAUCACCAUCACAGUUGUUUGUGCUCAGGGUCUGCAGGCUAAAGAUAAGACCGGUUCCAGUGAUCCCUAUGUGACGGUCCAGGUUGGUAAAACCAAGAAGAGGACCAAGACUAUUUACGGUAACCUCAAUCCUGUCUGGGAGGAGAAGUUUCAUUUUGAAUGUCACAACUCUUCCGACCGCAUCAAAGUGCGUGUUUGGGAUGAAGAUGACGACAUAAAAUCACGAGUGAAGCAGCGUUUAAAGAGAGAGUCCGAUGACUUCCUGGGCCAAAGCAUCAUCGAGGUGCGCACGCUGAGUGGAGAAAUGGACGUUUGGUAUAACCUGGAAAAAAGAACAGACAAGUCUGCAGUUUCUGGUGCCAUUCGUCUUCAGAUCAGCGUGGAAAUCAAGGGUGAAGAAAAAGUGGCUCCCUAUCACAUCCAGUACACCUGUUUACAUGAGAACCUCUUUCACCACAUCACAGACGUCCUUGGGCUGGGUGGGGUGAAGAUCCCUGAUGCCCGUGGCGAUGAUGCAUGGAAGGUCUACUUUGAUGAUGUGGCCCAAGAGAUAGUGGAUGAGUUUGCAAUGCGUUAUGGGAUUGAAUCUAUCUACCAGGCCAUGACGCACUUUGCAUGUCUUUCGUCUAAGUAUAUGUGUCCCGGGGUUCCAGCUGUGAUGAGCACCCUGCUGGCCAACAUCAACGCCUACUACGCCCACACCACCGCAUCCACCAAUGUCUCCGCCAGCGACAGAUUCGCUGCAUCCAACUUUGGGAAAGAACGAUUUGUCAAGCUGUUGGAUCAACUUCACAAUUCUCUGCGCAUUGACCUCUCAAUGUAUCGAAAUAACUUUCCUGCGAGCAGUAAGGACCGACUACAGGACCUCAAAUCUACUGUUGACCUACUGACCAGCAUCACCUUUUUCCGGAUGAAGGUCCAAGAACUGCAAAGUCCUCCGAGAGCCAGUCAGGUUGUGCGAGACUGUGUGAAGGCCUGUCUCAACUCCACCUAUGACUACAUCUUCAACAACUGUCAAGAGCUGUACAGUCGCCAGUAUCCUCAGAUUGGAGACACGAAUAAGGAAGAAAUCACUCCAGAGGAUCAAGGUCCGAGCAUUAAGAACUUGGACUUCUGGCCUAAACUCAUCACCCUCAUUGUGUCCAUCAUCGAGGAAGAUCGCAACUCUUACAGUCCUGUACUAAACCAAUUUCCUCAGGAACUAAAUGUGGGCAAGUUAAGCGCUGAAGUCAUGUGGAAUCAGUUCUCUCAGGAUAUGAAAUAUGCCAUGGAAGAACAUGAGAAGCACCGGCUGUGUAGGAGCGCAGACUACAUGAACCUGCACUUCAAGGUCAAAUGGCUGUACAACGAAUAUGUCAAGAGUCUGCCGGCCUUUAAGGGAGUCGUGCCUGAGUACCCAACAUGGUUCCAGCAGUUCGUCCUACAGUGGCUGGAUGAGAAUGAAGACGUGUCAAUGGAGUUCAUGCAUGGGGCUCUGGAGAGAGAUAAGAAAGAUGGAUUCCAGCAGACGUCUGAGCACGCCCUCUUCUCCUGUUCAGUGGUGGACGUCUUCACCCAGCUCAACCAGAGCUUUGAGAUCAUCAAGAAACUGGAGUGUCCCGACCCCAAAGUCAUGGCCCUCUAUAGCCGCCGAUUCGCCAAGACCAUCGACAAAGUUCUCCUUCAGUACAGCGCCAUUCUCAAGAAGAGCUUCCCAUCCUAUUGUGAUAAAGAGAAGAUUCCGUGUGUCUUGAUGAAUAAUGUGCAGCAGUUGCGUGUCCAGCUUGAGAAGAUGUUUGAAUCUAUGGGUUCUAAACAGUUGGACACAGAAGCCAGUGACAUCAUGAAUGAUCUACAGGUCAAACUCAACAAUGUUCUGGAUGAGCUGAGCGGCACAUUUGGAAACAUGUUUCAGAGCCGUAUCGAUGACUGCAUGCGGCAGAUGGCCAGUCUCCUGUACCAGAUCAAGGGUCCAGUGAACGCCAACAACCGUAACCAGGUUGAGGUGGAUUCUGAUAACAUGCUGCGGCCGCUCAUGGACUUCUUAGAUGCAAAUCUGAUGCUGUUCGCGUCGGUGUGUGAGAAAACGGUCCUGAAGAGAGUUCUGAAGGAGCUGUGGAGGAUUGUGAUGAACAGCCUCGAGAAAACCAUUAUACUUCCUCAAGGCAACGAAACCUUUGGAAUGUUUUUUUCAGCAGCUAAAGAACUGGGUCAGCUCUCCAAACUCAAGGAUCACAUGUCUGGGGAUGCUAAAAGCCUGUCGCCUAAGCAGUGUGCCGUGAUGGAUGUGGCGUUGGAAACCAUAAAGCAAUACUUCCACGCCGGUGGAAAUGGCUUGAAAAAGGCCUUCCUGGAGAAAAGCCCAGAGCUUUCCUCACUGCGACACGCGCUGUCCCUUUACACCCAGACCACAGACACGCUUAUCAAGACAUUUGUUACAACUCAGCAUGCGCAAGUGCAUAAUGGGAAGGGUAUGAGGAUAACAGCUAGUGAGAAAAUACAGCCCUCCAGGGGUUCCGGAGUUGAUCAACCGGUAGGAGAAGUUUCCAUACAGAUUGACCUCUUCACUCAUCCAGGCACUGGAGAGCACAAGGUCACAGUAAAAGUUGUGGCAGCAAAUGAUCUGAAGUGGCAGACUUCAGGAAUGUUCCGGCCGUUUGUGGAGGUCACCAUGAUCGGCCCUCACCUAAGCGACAAGAAACGCAAGUUCACCACUAAAUCCAAGAACAACAGCUGGGCUCCUAAAUUCAACGAGACCUUCCAUUUUAUUCUUGGGAACGAGGAUGGCCCUGAUUCUUAUGAGCUUCAGGUGUGUGUGAAGGACUACUGUUUCGGCCGCGCUGAUCGCGUAGUCGGCAUUGCCGUCGUUCAGCUGCGAGACGUCGCCCCGAGGGCCAGCUGCGCCUGCUGGUGUCCUCUGGGUUCAGGGAUUCACAUCUACGACACGGGCCUCACCAUCAUGCGCAUCCUCUCCCAGCGAUCAGGUGAUGAGGUGGCCAAAGAGUUUGUGAAACUUAAAUCAGAGACCCGCUCGGCUGAAGAGGGGAGGUGAAAUAACCCCUGACGACAAGACUGAGAAUUUCUGUGUCAAAAGAGAUACGCUCACCCAAAGGCACAUUUCUGCGUCCACACUGGAUUUUGACAGCCAAUGACACAGUUCCCAGUGGCACCAGAUGAGGCCAAGUGAGGUGUUUUUUCCAUGAAGGAGGGUGGUCUUCAUUUCAUAAUAACUUUAAACGAUUAAAACCAUAUUCUGACACUUUAUUUAAUUUAUUUGGAAUGAAAACAAGGCUGUGAUUUGUUUAGCUGCAAAGUCAUGUCAGGUACAUAACACAAGGACUCCUGGAACAUUUUCGCUUUAACCAAUUCAACUGUGAUUAUUCACAAAUUUCGCAUUUGAGAAUGGAUCUCCGAACAGUUGUUGGUUCUGUGAGUGUACGAGUCAGCUAACAUCUUUCGUGAAGUAAAGAUUCCUCUAAUGUUCGUGCACUUUUGUUUAUUGUUCGCCCUAUAAUUGCCUUAUUUAAUUGAUACUGUGAACAUGUCACGUUAAAGCGAAAAUGUUUGUGAUUGUUGUGGCCCCUAAAACAGUCUAAGGGUUUUAUUGUAUCGCUCUGUGUCAGGAAGUGUUUCUUUGCAUGAAUGAAAGAAAUCAUAUAGUGCAAAAACUGUAAUUAUAAAUUCACAUUUAUCUAGUCACACCGAGGAGCAUAUGCAUUUCACACACCAUUUCCAAACCGGGUCGCAUGCGACAUGUCCACCAGUGCCUUUUUAGGCUUGUGACUGCUUAGAUUUGUACAGUUUCUAUUAAGUUCACCAUUCUAUUUAAAUGUAAAGCAUUACUUCCUGUAAAACCAGUUUGACCAGCAGGUGGAGAUAACAGCUUCAAGCUCAAACGUGCACCCGUCUCACUUACUUUUUUCUGCCGAAAUGACAUCAGAGGUUCACCUGCAUCGCUAUUGGACAGUAUUGAAGCUAGAAUUUUCAUGUUUUAGCUAUGUGUGUGUGUAGAUCUGUAAAUGCUUGAUAGAUUUUUUAUAUGUGUUUUUUAUGUUGUUGUAUAUUCACCGGAAGGGCUGUUAAAUAGCAUCAAUAGAUUUUAGAGAAAGAUUAUAUAAAUUAGAUGUUAAUAAGUUAGCUCUAAUAAGAUUUAUUAAAAAUCAAAAUGUGACUAAAUGUAUAUCACUUUGAAGAGGCCUUAUAUGAUUAUUUCUGAUGUUUUCUAUUUAAGUUAUUUUAACCUCUUCUGUUCAAGUGAUUUAAGUGUUUCUCCUUAUUCCUUAUUUUAGGUAAAUCAAAAAUGUGACUUUCUUUUCUUUGGUGAAGUUUUUGUAUUUUGUUCAUUAUACUUUGAGAGGGGUUUAACUGUUCCUCUUUGACUGAAGUUUCUUCUGUUUUUCAGUUAAGAAAUUUUGCACUGUGUUUUGUUUUCCACAAGCCUGUGAAAAUUGGAGGGGAAAAAAGACGGUAGCCCUCAGUUGUUGCCUGUGCAAAAAGCCUCAUAUUGUGUGUGCAAAUUUCAAUGUUGUAUUUUCACAAAAAACACUGCCAAUGUUUACUGUAAAUGUUUGUUUAUAUUGCCAAUCAUUCUUGAACCUGUUGUGAAUUUCGUAGUCCACUUUAUCACUUUUAAUACUGUUGAGUACUGUUACUGUACUGUUGUUUUAGACCAGCAGUGUUUGGGAAACUAUCACUCUCUAUAAUAUACAAAGUUCCUUGUGCCAACAUGUGGAAGUUCUCACAUUUAUCGUUUGUACAUUUUUAAACUAUUCAACCAAUUCAACCAUGUACAGGACUGAAUAGAUUUAUUUCACAUUUUAAAAGUUUUAUUGGUAUUGUAUACAGUCGCUGAUGAAGAAAGAUGUGUUAUUAAAAUGUUUGUGUAUGCACUCCAACAAAUGAAUUUAUACAUAAAGUAUCCAAAACGUA